AUGUGUUUCCGUUUAAACACUGCCAGCGGCACGGACUGUUCCGGACUGAGCAGUGGAACCGACGACGAGAAGGAAGAGGAUUCACCGCAACGGGCUGUAAGUCCAGCUGCCAUCGUUCCAAUCAGUCGUGACCGGCUACCGAUCGUUUAUCGGCCAGAGUACGGUGUAAAGUUUCUUGGCCUCCAAAAGCUACAUCCGUUCGAUGCGGCCAAAGGAGGCAACAUUUAUCGAUUGCUCAAAACGAACGGACUGAUUCGCAACGAUGAAGAUGUGUAUGCUCCGGAUGAAAUUACGCCCGAGGAGCUGCUGGAAGUGCACACGAAGCGGUACAUCGAUAGUUUAAAGUGGAGUUUAAAUGUAGCCAAAAUAGCAGAAAUACCUCCGCUCCUUUUUGUGCCAAACUGUUUCGUGCAGCGAAGCUAUCUACGGCCGAUGCGCUACCAAACUUCCGGCUCAAUACUGGCUGCCCGUGCCGCACUGCAGUCCGGUCUCGGAUGGGCCAUCAAUCUUGGCGGCGGAUUCCAUCACUGUAGUGCCGAUCGUGGCGGUGGCUUUUGUCCGUACGCCGACAUUACGCUUACGGUGAAGAUGUUACAGGCCAGUGGCAAUGGUAUCGAACGGAUACUGAUAGUGGACCUUGACGCGCACCAGGGCAACGGUUACGAGCGGGACCUAAUGAACGAUGCGGGUGUUUUCAUUAUGGACAUGUACAACUAUCGUAUCUAUCCACGGGAUCAUACGGCUAAGCUAGCGAUACGACGAGCGGUCGAGUUGAAACCACACACGGAUGACGAGGAGUACCUUAGGAAGUUGAAACAAUGUUUGCAACGAUCGCUGGCAGAAUUUGAACCCAACUUUAUCAUCUACAAUGCCGGCACAGACAUCCUGAAAGGUGACCCACUUGGACUGCUGGACAUCACCCCGGAGGGUGUAAUAGAGCGCGAUGAGUUUGUGUUUCGUAGCGCUCAGGAACUUUCCAUCCCGGUGGUGAUGCUGCUGAGCGGUGGAUAUCUGCGUAGCUCGGCACGCGUUAUCGCCAACUCGAUUGUGAACUUGCGCGCCAAAGCAUUGCUGCCAAGGGUGGAGUAGAACGUGACGUUUCUU